AAGGUCGGGGCUCAUAUAAAAAUGUUGUUCAUUGGUCAACGUUUAAUGAGGCUAUCAAGGUUGAAGAUUGGUUGAAUUGCUCACAAAAAUGUGUAUAUUUGACUACUCGUUCCUAUUUAUUUAGCCCUACAGUAACAGUAUAAAGGAAAACAACGAAUACUAAUUCGUUUCUUUAAUGGGAUGAUUGUUACACUAUAUUUUUAAGUGACAAAAAGGGUCACGUAUAUGUUUUGAUCUAAUGCAAAGCAUGUUGACAAAGCGCUUUAAUGUUGCUGUGGGUCUGUUUGAACAGCGACUGGAUCACAAACAGCACGUCGGUGUGCAGUUUGCGUUUUCGUUUUGAGUUGACGUGCGGUACGCGCAGAAUGAAACCCACGUGAGCAGACACCGUGCUUUCAGUCUCUGCUUUCCUAUUGCCUGCUCUAAACUAAUGUUUUAUUAAUCACGUAGGGGCGUGGCUUUGUAGUUGUAUCCCGUAAAAGCUGGAUUUGACAACUACAUUUUUAGGCGUAUACAACAACUUUGACACCACACGUUUCUCUGAGUUUCUCAAAUUUCGCCAUUGAUCGUGAUUUGUCGAACGCAAGCAAAACGGGACAUGUCCGUGUUUUUAAAUAUGAACACGUGGGCGGGGUUAUGAUAAAGGGGCGGGGUCGAACUGUCUGUACAAUGGCUCGAAAUGUUGACUGAACACCAAAAACCGCCAUCUUGUCGUGACUCCUCUACGUGCGUGGAAGAUUUAAAAAGGGGGGGUCCAGUCACGUCUUUUUUUAAUUUUAUUAUUUUUGAUGAGGUGUGAAGGUCGGAUCCCGAACAGAAGCUUUUAAUCCGGCUAGUUAGUGUUUUUAAAUUAGUUUCAGCCAUUGCUUGUGGAACCGACAAUACAGCGAUCAGAGAUGAGCAUCGAGACGCUCUUAGAGGCGGCGAAGUUUUUGGAAUUGCAAGCCCAGCAACAACAGAAAACACGUGAAGAAAAUGAGCUUCAGGAAAAGCGACGUCGUGAACAGGAGGCUGAUAAACGAAGAGUCGAAGUGAACUCUUAUACUCACCCUGUACGAAUUAACCACAUGACCCGGCUGGAGGAAUCCGUUCCUGAGCAUCGCCAUAUAACCGCACCGGCCCCUCCUUUCCCCCCCACUGUGCCCAUCACUGUCAUCCCCAUCCCAUUGGUAUCCUCCGCUCCCACCGCACUCCCUACAUCUAUCAGCCCCUCGAUAGCACCAUGCCUGACUCCACCCAAAAAAGAUGUCCACUCUCUGCCAAAGCAGCAGGCGCUUCACCAGCAUCCCCUCAUCUCGUCUCAGGUCAAAGCUGAGCCCAUAUCACUAUUUCAGUUCAACGGCAACAAUCCGCAACCACCUCAGCAGCUCCAACCGUACCCGGGCUCCAUCAUCACAGCUACCCAAAAUGCACUUCUCCCCCAUUCUGGACUUCCUUUGACCCAACCCAGCCCUGCAGCCAGAGGCAGCCCACCCGAUGACCACCAUAAUAUAGAUGGGAAGAAAAGACCUGGAGGGGCAGGAACAAGAGAAGUACACAACAAACUCGAAAAGAACAGACGGGCUCAUUUAAAGGAGUGUUUCGAUACCCUUAAGAAGAAUAUCCCUAAUGUUGAUGAAAAGAAGACCUCUAAUCUGAGCGUUUUAAGAAGUGCACUGAGAUACAUUCAGACUCUAAAGAGGAAGGAGAAGGACUACGAGCAUGAGAUGGAGCGUUUGGCAAGGGAGAAGAUCGCUCUGCAACAGAGAUUGGACGAGUUAAAGAAUGAACUAAGUCAGCGAUUGGACGUUAUGGAGAUUGAUCGUGUUCUCCGUCAGACUGUCCAACCUGAUGAUGACCAGGCCUCUACAUCCACCGCCUCAGAAGGUGAAGACAACAUUGAUGAAGACAUUGAAGAUGAAAGCUUGUCAGCUACGCACAAUGCCUUACCCAAAGUGCCUCCUGCGCCUCAUCCAGAGUUUAAAAAGUCCCGGCCUGCUUCUUCCCUCAUAGCACAGCACGUUUCUAUUUCACAGAAGCUAUGUAUGACUUUACCCCCCGUUCCUUCGGCUCAGCUCUCCCCUGUCGUCGCCGCGGGCCCAAUCACAGCUCCAGCUCUGUCGCCGACACCAGCACAGGCUCCCAACGCCCCCGCCUUCGUUUCAGCCAUCCAGCAGCCGCAUGCAGUGGUGACCCCGCAGACCCUACCUCCAGCCCACACUCGCAUAAUGACCGCAUCCAGCCUCCAACCCACCGUCAUCGCUCACGCCGGGUCGGCAUCGCACACCUCCGUCAUCCAUACUGUCAACCAUGUCAUCCAGUCGGGCUCCAAGCAUGUGGCCCAUAUUACCCCCUCCAGUUCCGUACAGCUGGCUUCAGGAUCUCAAUCUAUCAGCCACAUCACGGUACACCCGGUUGCCCACCUUCCUACAAUCUACCCUCAGCCUGUGGCGGUCACGCAGCCCACCGUCAUGGGCCACAUCACACACACGUUCUCUCACGGCCAGUUGAAUGGCACGUCUGUCCCCAGCACGUCAGCCACCAUGGUGGGCAAGCAGACGGCCAUAGGUGCUCAGAUGGUCACCCAUCACCCUCACUUAGUCGGACAGACCAUCCUUAACCCGGUUACCAUGGUGACCAUGCCCUCCUUCCCAGUCAGCACGCUAAAGCUGGCAUGAAUCGAUACUGAUGCCUGGAUGAGUACAGACACAGAUUGGUCAAAAGGUGAUGCCCCCACCCAUCCCACAAUAAUGCUGCAUUGCAAUCAAAAUGAACUAUUGAGCUACAGUACAUUCCAAAUGACAAGAAAGUAUUAAAAAAAACCUUUAUAAAGACUCAAAGCAAAACAGAGAAAUUUAUUGAAUGUCUAUUGCUAUACAAUGAUGAUUUAUAAUAACGGAAAAAAAGAGAAUUUCUAUCUUUAUUUGUGGGAAGGGGCAGAAUUUGAUGUUUAGAGUACUCAUGUGCUACUUAGUGUAUGUUUUAGGCCCUAUAGUGGAAUCAAUAAUAAUGGAAAUGGGAUCAGAUGAAAUCGAUUCUAGGUCUGACUGCUUGCGAAUGGUUUGAUAUCGCACACUUUUUACACCUCAUAGACUUUUAGGUAAACCAGGAAAACAGUUUUAUCUGUCACAAAUCUCAACCAAAACCUCCUUACGUCCCUACAGUUCUGUCUUAAAGGAACAGUUCACUCAAAAAUGAAAAUUUGCCAUUUACUUUCCGUCAUGUUGUUUCAAACAUGUAUGCUUAAUAUUGUAUGAAUCUUCUCUAUAUCCCGCACUGAUGCGAAUAACAUCCAAACUACUGCACAUUGAAGAGCCACAACAAAGAUGAGGAUUUGCAUUAUAGUCAGGUCUGUAGCUUUAAAAGACUGCACACUACAUUUAUGGUGCUUUUAUUUACAUUUUAUGAAUUUGGACGGGAGACUCUUUUAUCCAAAUCGACUUGCGGUGCUAAUGCAAUGCUCUACCAAUUGAGCUACAGGAAUGUUGAACUGUCAUCGUAUAGAGAAAAUAUCAAGAAAAAAAGAAGUUUAAUAAAUGUAAUUAAUAGCAGAAUUUUUCUUAUUUUUGAGUGAACUUUACCUUUAAUAUCACGUCACCUGUUCUGCCUUCGUUCAAACCAUAUAGUUAUGCUUCAUUCGAAACACCAUGUAAGUGAGAUUUUUCCCACUACAGAUGAAGUAACGGCUGGAUUUUCUCACAUUAGAAGUACUAAGUCACAUUGAAACAUUAAUGUAACUUAAUUCUUUAGAACUUUGCAAUUGUCUGUUAAAUAUAAAAAAAUAUCCGGGUUGAAGUGGGAAUUAUCGAAUUUCCGAGAGCAUGUGAAGGCAGCAUUAAUGCCAGACUAGCGUCAUUAUCAGUAAUCAACCAUUUAGUUGACUGCAAUACACUGAGCACAUUUCAGAUGCUUCUGUAUGAAAUUAUUAUUUUGUACUCUAGCUGGUAUAGAGUCUUGUGUUUUGUGACUGUCACUCGAAUAGUUUGAGGGAGUUUGACAGCAGUGCCUUUUCAAUCUGCAGUCCUCUUGUAUGUUCACGCCCCCUUAUGUUCUCUGUUUGCAACUGCACUCAUUCAGAAAAUAAGUUAUUCACCUAUUUAAAUCUAGAUACGUGGUAUAUGAAUUGCUUCGAGGAAUAAACAAAUAUUAAAUAGAUAUUCGUUUGUGGAAGUUUUGCAAAGAAGUUGAACAUUUCUUGAUGUCACUGUGAAUGUAUUCCAGCGUUAAGACAUGAGGCAGACAACGGCUCAUCUUGCCAUUGGUGAAAAAUGUUGGUUUGUUUUAGGUAGUAAAAGACUGCAAUCAGAAGUGGUUAUUUUUUAUUUUUCUUGGGUACAUGUAGCAGAUGUCGUGAGUGUUACGUUUAUAAGUGUGUUUGUGGAAUGAAAAUGCAUUUUUUUUUAGGUAAGAAAACUCACAUGGGCAUUAUGUCAGCUUUGACUAAUGUCGUUUCGAUGGAGAUGAAAGGUGGAUGUAUGUCACCUUGUAUUCCUUAAUGAAAUAAUUUCACGCAUUUAUGUUGAUGUCAGAAUGUUUUAAACGCGCUGUCUGUAGAGAGAUUUGAUUUUAAAAGAACACUGUGAUAUAGUUUGGCUGUCCCGUAUGAGCAAACCAGGUUUACAAAUCAGCUUAGUGUUUUAUUGUGCAAGUCCCUUCAUUUGUUUUGCUUUUGCAAGCAUGUGCGUGUAACUAAAUUCAUUAGACUUCUUUUUAUGAUUUUUUUGUCAGGGUUUAGUUUUGUGUAUUUACACGCAGUAGAAUGUACACAACUGUUGAUCACUUCUUCUACAUAGACGUAUUCUACAGAAAAGAUGUGGCUGUUUUCGCAUGUAACAUUAGAUGGAUGAUUCAUGUUCUGUGGUAACUCUUAAAAUAUGUUUAUACAUUUCUGAGACCAUGGACAGUACUGUAUAUGUUGGGGCAAUUUUUCUGACCUCUUUCCACACUGAUAUUAUAUAUACAGUACAUGCAUAUAUAUAUUUAGUGUGUUUUCCCUAUGGAGAAAGUUUAAGUUGUAUAUAGCCUGUAAAUUUGGGGCUGCGUAUAGAUCUAACUGUCCAAUGUUAUAAAUAAAAAGAAAAUAAAUAAAAGAGAACAAAUGCUAAAUAAAAAUAAAUCUUGAUACCUUUA